UUAAGAACAGAAAGCAAUGGACAUCUUUGCUUUUGUGUUGUUGAGUUCCAGUUUGCUUCCUUUGUCCUUUGUACUGUCGGAUGCUGCUGACAGCAUUUCAAAAUCCGAAUCCCUCAGUGAGGGCAUAACCUUGGUCUCUAAAAAUGAAAGCUACGCUCUUGGGUUCUUUCGUCCUGGUAAUUCCAGUAACCGUUACCUGGGAAUAUGGUAUAACAAUAUCCCAGUUAGAACGGUUGUUUGGGUAGCAAACCGGCUCAAUCCAAUAAACGACUCGUCUGGCAUGUUGAUGGUAAACAGUUCAGGUAGUCUUGUUCUUCUCAGCCAGAAUAGAACAGUUGCUUGGUCGGCAAACUCAACAAAACAGGCCCGGAAUCCAAUAGUCCAGCUUUUAGAUUCCGGAAAUCUAGUAUUAAGAGAAGAGAACGAAGAAAACCCAGAAAAUUAUUUGUGGCAAAGCUUUGAUUAUCCUUCUGAUACUUGGCUACCGGGGAUGAAGCUUGGAUGGGACUUAAGGACUGGUCUGGAACGGCGCCUAACUUCUUGGAAAAGUCCAGAUGAUCCAUCUCCAGGAGAACUGAGUUGGGGGGUUGUACUUCAUAAUUACCCUGAGAUAUUCAUGAACAAAGGCACCGAGAAGUUCUUCCGGACCGGACCAUGGAAUGGCCUUAGUUUCAGUGGUUUACCAGUCGUAAAGGACAAUCCAGUUGUCACCUACAAUUUUGUCAACAACAGCGAUGAGGUAUAUUUCAUAUACAAUUUGAUUAAUAAUUCUGUAAUCUCAAGAGUACUUUUGAACGAAACUUCGUUCUUAUAUGAGCGCCACAUAUGGGUAUCAGAAGAUAAAAAAUGGAGCCUGUACUUAUCCGUGCCAAAUGACAAAUGUGAAGGUUAUAAUUUAUGUGGUCCUUACGGAAAUUGUAUCAUUGGUGAGUCACCUAUCUGUCAAUGUGUAGAAGGAUUCAAGCAUAAGUCAACAAAUACAUGGAACCCAGAUGAGUGGUCUAAGGGAUGUGUACGUAUUACCCAAUUGAGCUGCGAGGAUAAAGAUAAAAUUGGGUUUGUUAAAUUUGUUGGGCUCAAAAUGCCAGAUACCACGUAUUCCUGGGUAAACGGAAGUAUGAAUCUUAACGAAUGCAGAGUCAAAUGUUUGAACAACUGUUCCUGUACGGCUUAUGCAAACUCAAAUAUUAUAAAUGGAGGAAGUGGCUGCGCCAUGUGGUUUGGGGAUCUAAUUGAUAUUGGACAGAUUGCAGCUAAUGGGCAGGAUGCUUAUAUGCAGGAUGUAUAUAUUCGAAUGCCUGCUUCAAAGCAAGUCGAUCGUAAAGAGGAGAAAGACAAGCAAAAGAUGAAGGUUAUAGUAAUAGUUGUGGUCGGAAUUGCGGUCGUUUUUGGGGUGCUCUUGACUACCUACCGCAUAAGCAAAAGGACAAACUUCAGAGAGAGAAUCGAGAAUAAUGUGAUGAUAGACCAAAACAUUGAAGGCCAAAGUGAAGACAUGGAGGUCCCAUUCUUCACCCUGGCUACCAUAGUCAUUGCCACUAACAACUUUUCAAGCUAUGACAAGCUUGGUGAAGGUGGCUUUGGACUUGUAUAUAAGGGUACAUUGAUAGAUGGAAAAGAAAUUGCUGUGAAAAGGCUUUCACAGAAAUCUGGACAAGGAUUACGUGAGUUUAAAAAUGAAGUUAUACUAAUCGCCAAAUUGCAACAUCGAAAUCUUGUUAGGCUUUUGGGAUAUUGCAUUGAAGGGGACGAGAAAAUGCUAAUCUAUGAAUACAUGCCCAAUGGAAGCUUGGACUCCUUCAUUUUUGAUCAAACGAAAGCUAAAGUUUUAGGUUGGUCUAUGCGCUUCAAUAUUAUCUGUGGGAUUGCGCGAGGGCUUCUAUAUCUUCAUGAAGAUUCUAGAUUGAGGAUUAUACAUAGAGAUCUCAAAGCAAGCAAUAUUUUACUUGAUAGUAAGAUGAAUCCAAAAAUUUCUGACUUCGGUAUGGCUAGAAUCUUUGGUGGAGAUCAGAUUGAAGGAAACACAAAUAGAGUCGUCGGAACUUAUGGUUAUAUGGCACCCGAAUAUGCCAUUGAUGGCCUGUUCUCAGUAAAAUCUGAUGUCUUUAGCUUUGGAAUAUUGUUGUUGGAGAUAAUAAGUGGAAAGAAAAAUCGAGGCUCUUUCCAUCUAGACAAUACUCAAAACCUUGUUGGACAUGCAUGGAAAUUAUGGAAAGAAGGCAGACCUUUAGAACUGAUUGAUACUUUCUUAAAGGGCUCUGUAAUGCAAUCGGAGAUUCUACGUUGCCUCCAUAUUAGUUUCUUAUGUUUGCAACAACAUCACAACGAUCGACCAAAUAUGUCAUAUGUGGUUAUGAUGUUACACAGUGAGAGUUCAUUACCUGAACCCAACGAGUUGGGUUUCUUUGUAGGAAAAGAAUCAACUUCAUCAAGCAAUGGCCAAUCAUCCUCAACCAAUGAAAUUACUGUUACCAUGUUAGAGGCUCGAUAGUCAAAUAGCAUAUCAAUUGCAUUUUAUAAUAUAUCUUACGAGUGAUAUUUACAUCUUUACAUUUUGUAUCAUACACAUUUGUAUUCUCCAUGUAUGCAACAUCAGUCUUACUAUGAGAAACCGUGCCCCUGUCUCGUUUUGAAUUGAUUGCUUUAGGCUAAAUUGACAUGAAUGGGUGGAGUCAU